ACUAAAUCGGCUAAAACAAGAAGCAAUAAGCAGAAACCAAAGCCUCAGUAAUUUUCAACUCAUCAAACAACAGUUGUUAGUUUUUUAUCUGUGUUGUUCCAUGGAUUCUCUGAUCCUUGACUUGCUAGCUCUUGUCACCUUCAUAGUCUGUAUUGUUUUGGCCCUGAUAAUUGGAAGGAGUCUCAAGAAAAUUGAGUCAACUGCAAACAUACCCCCAGGGCCAUGGAAGCUACCUAUUAUAGGAAACAUACACCAUCUUGUUACAUCCAAACCACAUCGAAGAUUAAGAGAUUUGGCCAAUAUAUAUGGACCAUUGAUGCAACUUCAACUUGGAGAGAUCUCAACCAUUGUUAUCUCUUCACCAGAAUAUGCUAGAGAAGUAAUGAAAACCCAUGAUGUUGUGUUUGCAUCAAGGCCUAAAAUUCUGGCUACAGAAAUAAUGUCUUAUGGUUCAACAAAUAUAGUUUCUGCACCUUAUGGAAAUUAUUGGAGACAGCUGAGGAAGAUUUGCAUGUUGGAGCUUUUCACCCCCAAAAGGGUCAAGUCAUUCCAGCCAAUAAGAGAAGAAGAGCUUACCAAUCUCAUAAAAAGGAUUGCAUCGGCGAAAGGAUCAACUGUCAAUCUCACUGAAGAAGUACUUUCAUCAAUAUAUACAAUCAAUUCCAGGGCUGCAUUUGGCAUGAAGUGUAAAGAUCAAGAAAACUACAUUUCAGUUAUAAAAGAAGCAACAAUGGUUGCUGCAGGUUUUGAUUUAGGAGACUUGUUUCCUUCUUCCAAAUGGCUUCAACUCGUCAGUGGCUUGAGGCCUAAGCUUGAGAGGCUUCAAAGACAAAGUGAUCAAAUCCUUGAAAACAUCAUCAAUGAGCAUAGAGAGGCAAAGUUAAGAGCCAAAGAAGGUGAAAAUGAAUCAGAUCAUGAUCUUGUGGAUGUUCUACUAAAAUUUGAGGGUGGUAAUGCAUCCUGCCAUGAUAUAUGCAUAACCACAGAUAACAUUAAAGCCAUCAUACAGGACAUAUUUGGAGCUGGAGGUGAGACAGCAUCAACUACUAUAGAUUGGGCAAUGGCAGAGAUGAUGAAGGACCCAAGAGUAAUGCAGAAAGCACAGGCCGAGGUGAGAGAGAUAUUCGACAUGAGUGGAAGUGUUGAUGAGACUUACUUGGAUGAACUCAAGUAUUUGAAAUCAGUGGUCAAAGAGACCCUCAGGUUACACCCUCCAGCUCCACUUUUGAUUCCAAGAGAAUGCAGAGAAGCAUGUGAGAUUAAUGGAUAUCACAUAGCUGUGAAAAGUAAGGUGAUUGUGAAUGCUUGGGCAAUUGGAAGAGAUCCAAAGUACUGGAGUGAAGCAGAGAGGUUUUAUCCAGAGAGAUUUAUUGAUAGUAGCAUUGACUACAAAGGAAGCAAUUUUGAAUACAUUCCAUUUGGUGCUGGAAGAAGAAUAUGCCCAGGCAUCACAUUAGGCUUGAUAAAUGUAGAGCUGGCCCUUGCAUAUUUGCUGUAUCACUUUGAUUGGGAGCUUCCUAAUGGAGUGAAAUGUGAGGACUUGAACAUGACUGAGCAAUUUGGAGUUACUGUUAGAAGAAAAGAUGACCUGCAAUUGGUUCCUGUUGCUUCUUGUUAUUUGCAUGAACAACAUAAAUAAGACAACCAGAAGCUAUAGCUUUUGAAAUGAAGCAUUGUCCAUCUCUGAAAUGAAGAGAUUUU